CGAGAAUCUUCGGUACAAUAGUAUCUGGUGCAUUGCUGUUCUGGUUGCUAGCCACGGAAUCGGAACCAAAAUGGUCAACAACGAUAAACAGCAACCGCAGGAGGAUGAGAACACCAUCGCGGACAAUACGGUGGUGCAGAAGUACAAAACAGCUGGUUCGAUAGUCAACAAGACACUGCAGAACCUCAUCCAAUCAUGCAAAGUGGGUGCAUCGGUAAAAACCCUGUGCCAGAAGGGUGAUCAUCUGCUGGAACAGGAAACGGGAAAGAAAUACAAAAAUGAACCAGAUAUGAAAAAAGGUAUUGCGUUCCCAACCUGCCUCUCGGUCAAUAACUGCAUCUGUCACUUUUCGCCAUCGAAGAACGAUCCGGAUUACGUGCUGAAGGCAGGCGAUGUUGUUAAGAUCGAUCUGGGUGCUCACAUCGACGGGUUCAUCGCGGUGGCUGCCCACACGAUCGUCGUCGGUGCCACGGUGGAAAACAAAUGCAAGGGACGCGCUGCGGAUGUGGUCCUAGCGGCGUACCAUGCGGCGCAGGCCGCCCUUCGGUUGCUCAAGGACGGCACCAACAACUACGCGGUGACCGAGGCCGUCCAGAAGAUCGCCGGCGAGUACAAGUGCAAACCGAUCGAGGGCAUGCUGAGCCACCAGCUGAAGCAGUUCAAGAUCGACGGAGAGAAAACCAUCAUCCAGAAUCCGACCAUCGUGCAGAAGAAGGAGCACGAGAAGUGCACCUUCGAAAAGUACGAAGUGUACGCGAUGGAUGUGCUCAUCAGCACCGGUGAGGGACUUGGCAAGGAACUCGACACGAAGGUUUCAAUCUACAAGAAAACCGAGGAAAACUACAUUCUCAAGCUGAAAGCGUCCCGUGCGUUCUACGUUGAGGUCAAGAAAAAAUACGGUACGAUGCCAUUCAACCUACGGAACUUCGAGGAGGAAGCUAAGGCCAAGAUGGGUGUGAUUGAAUGUGUGACCCACAAACUGGUUGAGCCAUUCCAAGUAUUAUACGAGAAAAACAACGAACUUGUGGCCCAGUUCAAGAACACCGUGCUGAUCCUGCCCAACGGUUUGCAGAUCGUCACCGGGAAUGCGUUCGAUGUGAACUGCUACGACAGCGAGCAUAGCAUCCAGGAUGAGGAAACGAAAAAGCUGCUGGAGAGUGAAAUGAUACUAGCGGACGCCAAAAAACCGAUCGUUGCCAGCCAGCCUAAGGUCGCCGCAGCAAGCAGCAAUGUCCCUGCCAGCACGACGGAAGCCGGUGGAGAUGGUGCCGCCAAGGAUAAAAAGAAAAAGAAGAAGAAGAAGGCUGCAGCUGCUGCUGCUGCUGCUGCUGCCGGAGCCGGUGGAGAUGCUGUCGUGGCGGACAAGGAGAAUGCGGCAGCCGCCAAGGCAUAAUAAUUGGUUGUCGGUUUCAGGAUACUCUUCUGAUACUGAUUACUUUUCUUCCCCGUGUCACACCAUCGCCUGUUGAAAUGUUUACAACAUCAAAAGCACCCCAGGCAUGUUUCUUUUUUCUUGUACGGGUUGUACUGGAAAUCCGGCUCUCAUCGUCGAUGGAACUUAUUCGUAAAAUAAUUAGUAGUCUCAGCAGCACUAGAAAGCAUCAGAAACAGCUCAACAGUAGAUUCACAGGACAUUUCCUGUCUGGUCACUCGUUAACUCUCGGUCUAAACAAUUGUUCAGUACUUGUUCUUUUUCCUCAGAAGUAGGAUAGCAGCAAUCGCAGGGAAGGAAGUUUGUUUUCUAUUUAUUCCUUCGAUUUGAGAUUGAACAAUAGCGUACAUUAGUAAGAACUGAUAAACACAAAUUACAAAUUUUUAAAUUUGCCCAAUUUACUUCAGAAACCAGCAGUAGUUGUUUGCCGAAUAGCAGCAAGUCAAAAACCAACAUCGUACUAAUGUUUUUCUUAGUCGAGGUAGAUUGUGCAUCGCUGAAUUGUGUGUACUUUGAAGUAAAAAGUAUAAAAAAAAAUAUACAGACAGCUUAGGCUGUCCUUUUUUUCCUCUUUAGAAUUGCCUUUAUAAUUCCUUAAUCGACCGAACGCACGCGUGCUACCCCCACAUGUUGAAUUGAAUUCAUCAGAGAGAAGCUGUGUGUGAGAAGUUUGCGGCAACGGUGCAACCGCGUUAAAAUCCUUAAUCCAUUUCAUUCAUAAUGUGUAAAAAAAAAACAAAAACAAAUAGUAGUUGCGCAGAGAAAGGUAAUCACCAUGAGUCGUUUAAAAUUGUAAUUCCGUUUUUUGCAAAUAA